CGUUGGAACUGUCUGCAGCAUGGCAGAUAGGAAAGGAUGAGGCAUCUCUCAGGUACUGGGAGGAAGCUCUUUUCUAGGACCCUACAUCCCUGGUAAGGCUGCCUGGCAUGACCUCCCUUCCAGAAUGUCAUCUUCAGUUAAGGGAGGGAUUUUCCUGGUUUCCUUGUCUGUUUCCUCUACUAGGAAGCCUCCCUUCCUCUCACUUGGCAUUGUUUUCUGCAGGGGGUACUUGUGACCAAUUCAGUCUGCUACCCUUUUCACAAGUGGGCUUCAUCCUGUUUAUUUUUGACUUGAUAUUUGGAAAUUACUUCAAAAGUACAGAAAAUUUGCAAAAAUAAAAAUAGUACAAAGAACACCCUUAUAUCCUCUACACACACACAUAUAUGUAUAAAUAUAUAUUGCAUAUAUAUUGACAUAUAUUUUUAUAAAAUGGCAUCAUAAAAUCACCUACUAAUAUCUCACCUAGUUUGCUUUAUCAUUGGCGUGUGUGUCUCUUGUGUGUAUACUCUUUCUCCCUCCACCAUAUGUAUGUGUAUGUAUUUAUGUAUGUUUAUGUAUAUAUCUUUUUGUGUGUGUAUAAAUGUUGGUUCAUAUGUGGAUGUAUGUUAAAUGAUUUUCUAAGAAUGGUGAUAUUCUCAUAUAACCACAGUACAGUUAUCAACUUUAGUAAAUUUAACUUCAAUACAGUAAUUUUAUCUAAUACUUAUCAUCUACCUCUCAUAAUUGUCAGCAGACACAGUAAUAUUUUUCCUAUCCAGGACAUGAUCCAGUCCAGGUUUAGGUAGUGCAUUUACGUGUCAUAUCUAUUUAGUCUCCCUUAAUAUAGACCAUUUCAAUAACCUCUUUUUAGAAUUAUACAGUUCCACAGCUCCUGCUUUUUUAACAGCUUCAUUGAGGUACAAUUUAUAUGCCAUAAUCUACUUAUUGUAAAUGUACAGUUCAAUUAUUUUGAGUAAACUUUUAGAGUUGUAUGAUCAUCACUUCCAUGCAACUUUAGAACAUUCCAUCACACUAAAAAGUUCCCUCGUGCCCAUUUGCAUCUAUUUCUCCUCCCAUUUGAGCUCCAGGAAACCAAAUAUGCUAUCUCUAUAUAUUUGCUGUUUCUGGACAUUUUAUAUAAGUGGUAUCAAAAAUAUGUAUUUGUCUUUGUAUCUGGUUUCUUUCAGCAUAAUGUUUUUGAGGUUCAUCCAUGUUGCAGCAUGUAUCAGUAAUUCAUUCCUUUUUAUUGCCAUAUAAUAUUCCAUUGUAUUGAUAUACCACAUUUUGUCUACCCAUUCGCAGGUUGAUGGACACUUGGAUUGUGUCCACUUUUUGGUUGUUGUGAAUAGUGCUGCUAGGAAUAGUCAUGUACCAGUCUUGAUGUGGACAUAUAUUUUCAUUUCUCUUGGGUAGAUAACCAGGAGCAGAAUAUCUGUAUGGUAUGUUUAUGUUUAGCAUUUUAAGAAACUGCAUAAUUAUUUUCCAAAGUGGCUGUACAUUCCUAUUAGCAUUUAUGUUUUACAUUUCUAUUAUGUUUAUAUUUUCUAUUUUUGCAUUUUCUAGUAGCAGUGUAUUAGAGUUUCAGUUUCUCUACAUCCUUGUCAGCACUUGGAGUUGUCUCUAAUUUUGAUUAUAGACAUUCUAGUGGAUAUAUAGUGGUAUUGCAUUGUAGUUUAAUAUGCAUUUCCCUAAUGACUGAUAAUGUUGAUCUUUUCACAUGCCUAUUAACCAUUUGUAUAUCUUCUUUGGUGAAAUAGCUACUCAGUUCUUUUGCCCAUUUUCAAAUUGGAUUGUUUGUCUUCUUUUUGAGUUGUAAGAAUUUUUCAAAUAUUCUAGACCCAAGUCUAUAUCAGAUAAAGGACUUCCAAUUAUUUUCAACUAUGAAAUGAAGUUUCAGAAAAAAGACGAGUCUGUGGAUUGUCUUUUCAUUUUCUUAAUGGUGUCUUUUCAAGAAUAAAAAUUUUAAAAUUUGAUGAUGUUCAAUUUAACAAUUUUUUAAUGGAUUAUGCUUUUUGUGGUUUAACUAAGAAGUUUGCUUAACCCAAGGCCAUGUAGAUUUUCUUCUUUGGUUUCUUCUAGAAGUUUUAUACUUUUAGCUUUUAUAGUUAGAGCUGUGACCCAUUUUUAGUUAAUUUUCAUGUGUCAUGUGAGGGGAAAGUCUAAAUUCAUAUUCUUGCAUAUGAAUGUUCAAUUGUCCUGGCAGUAUUUGUUAAAAAAUAGUAUGCUUUCCCUCAUUCAAUUGCUGUGGCACCUUUGUCGACAAUCAGUUGACUGUAGAUGUAAGGGUUUUUACAUUUUAAAUUGGAUUGCUUGUCUUUACUAGUACAUUUCUGGACUCCCAAUUUUGUUCCGUUGAUCUCAGUGUUUCUUCUUGUGACAGCAGCAUACUAUCUUCAUUACUGGGGCCUUAUAUUAAGUUUUGAGGUUGAGUAGUGUAAAUCCUCUUUUUCAAAAUUAUUUUGGCUAUUCUGUGUUUUUUGAAUUUGCCACAUAAGUUUUGGGGUCAGAUUGUCAAUUUCUGUAAGACAAAACAGGCCUGCUCUGGCUUUGAUAGGGUUUGCAUUGAAUCUAUCCAUCAAUUUAGGGAGAAUCAUCAUUUUAAUAAUAUUGGGUCUUCUAAUCUAUGGUUGUCUAUUUAGGACUUUAAUUUCUCUCAGCAGUGUUUUAAAGUGUUCAACUUACAUGUCUUGUAAUACUUGUGUCAAAUUUAUUUCUCAAUAUUUUAUUAUUAUCUAUGUUAUCGUGGAAGAUAUUUCUUAAUUUCAUUUGUGGAAUGUUCAUGCUAGUAUGUAGAAAUACAAUUGAUUUUUGUAUUUUGAGCUUUUAUCAUGUUACCUUACUAAAUGCAAUGAUUACUAAUUGUCACUUUAUUGAGGAUUCCUUGGAAUUUUGUACAUCCUGGAUCAUACAAUCUGUGAACAAAAGAGAGGUUUGCUUCUUCCUUUCCAAUUUACAUGUCUUUCUUUAACUUCUCCUUUUCCUUGUUCUGCUACUCCCCUCUUGUUCCUUCUUCUUUAGCCUUUUGGCUAGAACCUCCAGUGCAGUGUAGAAUGGAGUUGUUGAUAACAGCCAUUCUUGUCUUGUUUCUGAACUUAGAGGAAGAUAUUCAGUCUUUUAUCAUUAAAUAUGAUGUUAGCUGUAAGUUUUAUAUACAUGCCCUUUAUCAAGUUGAGGAAGUUCCAUUCAGUUCCUAGCUUGUGGAGUGUUUUUAUUAAGAAUGGGUAUUGGAUUUUGUUAGAUAUUUCUGCAUAAGUUGAGAUAGUCAUGUCGUUUUUGUCUUUAUUUUGUUAGUAUGGUAUAUUUCAUUAAUUGAUUUUCAAAUGUUGAAUGAACUUUGCAUUCCUGGAUAAAUCCUACUUUAUUAUAAUGUAUAAUUUUUUUUGAUUUACUGCUGGAUUUACUUUACUAAUAGUUUGUUAAGGAUUUUUUUUCACCUAUGUUCACGAGGGGUAUUUUCUGUAUUUUACUUUCUUUUUGAUAUUUUUCUCUGCUUUGGUAUCAGGGUAAUGACUACGUAGAAUGAGUUGUGAAAUUUUCUCUAUUUUCUGUAAGGAUUUGUGAAGAAUUUGUGAAGAAUUUGUAUCAUUUCUUCUUUAAAUGUUGGUUAGAAUCCCCCACACUUGAACAGGGACUUGUCUUUGUGUGAAGAUUUUUAAUUACUAAUUCAAUCUUGUUACUUAUUACAGGCCUAUUCAGAUACUCUAGUUUUUAUUGAGUUAGUUUUGGUAGUUUGUGUCUUUCUAAAGUUUUUCUGUUUUGCCUUUGGUGUCCAGUUGUUGGCAUAAAGUUGUUUUUAAUACUCCCUUUUAAUCUUUCUGAUUCCUGUCAGGUCGGUAAUGAUGUUCCCUCUUUGUUUCUUGAUUUGGUAAUUUCUGUUUUCUCUAUUUUUCCUUGUUCAUUCUAGCUAAACAUUUUCAAUUUUGUUGAUCUCUCCAAAAACCGCUUUUAAUUUCAUCGAUUUUCUCUAUUCAUUUAUGGUUUUCUAUUUGAUUAAUUUUUUAUAAAUAUGUAGUAUUUAUUUCCUUCUGCUUAUUUAUUGUUUAAUUUGCUCUUUUUGUAAUUUCUUUAGAAACUUAGACAGUUGAUUUGAAACCAUUCUUCUUCCCUAAUGCAGGCAUUUAAAGCUAUAAAUCUCUCUCUAAUCACUUCUUUAGCUACAUUCAUAAAUUUUAUUAUGCUAGGUUCUGUUUUCAUUCAGUUCAAAAUAUGUUUCAAUUUCUCUUCUGAUUUCUUCUCUGUCCUAUGAGUUACUUAGAGGUGUCUUGUUUAACUUCCAUGUAUUUGUGGAUUUUCCAUCUUUCUUUAACUUGCUGAUUUCUAAUUUCAUUCCUUUGUGGUAGAAAAACAUACUUUGUAUAACUUUAAUCUUUUUAAGUUUAUUGAGACUUGUUUUUUGGCCUAGCAUAUGAUCUGUUCUGAAGAAUGGUCUACAUGCACUUAAAAAGAAUAUGCAUUCUGCAGUCAUUGGAUGGAAUGUUCCAUACAUGUCAGUUUGGUCAAGUUGGUUGAUUGUCUUCUAUAUCCCUGGAGAUUUUCUGUCUAGUUGUUUCUUUUAUUGAGAAUAGAAUAGUGAAAUUUCCAAUUAUCAUUGAAUUAUCUAAUUCUUUUUUUAGUGCUGUAAGUUUUUGUUUCAUGUAUUUUGGGGCUCUGUUUUUAAUUGUCAGUACCUUUAUAAUUGUUAUAUUUUUCUGAUUUAUUUCCCUAGUCUUUAUGAAAUGUCCUUCUCUUUGUCUAGCAAUAAUCCUUGUCCUGAAAUCUAUUUUGUCUACUAUUAAUAUAGAAGCCAUUCCAGUUUUCUUGUGAUUACUGUUUGCAUGGUAUAUCCUUUUUUUCAUCCUUUUACUUUUAACCUUCUUGUGUUUUUGGAUCCCAAAUGUGUCACUUGUAAAUAGCACGUUGUUUGAUACUGCUUUCUUAAUAUAGUGGGAUAAUCUCUGCUUUUUGUUUGGAGUGUUAAGUUUGUUCAUAUUUAAUAUAAUUAUUGAUAUGGUUCAAAUCUGCCAUUUCGCUAUUUUCUAAAAUGUCUCAUGUGUUUAUUUCUCUAGCCCCUUUUAUGGCAUAUUGUUUGUUUGUUUGUUUAAUUUAAGUGUACUAUUUUAAUUCCACUCUUGAUUUUAAAUUUGUUUUGGAGUUAUUUUCUUAAUUAUGCUCUAGGAAAUAAAAUAUGCACCUUAAUUUAUCACAAUCUACCUCUAAUUAAUACUAACUUAGUUCCAGGAAAAUAUUUAUACAUAUAUUAUAAAGCCCACAAUAUUGUGUUACAUUUAUUGUCUUUUAUAAUAGUUUUAUGUAUUUUAGAGAAAUUAAGAGAAAAUAUACAUAUUUUGUCUUUUAUAUUUACCUACGUGUUUACAGUUUUUGUGGCCCUCAUUUUUCUCUCUCUCUUUUUUUUUAAUCAUGCCCACGACAUGCGGGAUCUUAGUUCCCUGACCAGGGAUUGAUCCUGUGCCCCCUGCAGUGGAAGCAUGGAGUGUUAACCACUGGACUGCCAGGGAUGUCCCUCAGUGGCCCUUAUUUCUUCUUGUAGAUUUAACAGGAACAAAGCUAGAAAUUCAACCUUGUCCCUCCUGUCCUCUGGCAUUCUCUAGUCAGCAAGCCCUCAGCCAACAUAUGUGGCUCAGUCAUCUCCCUCAGUUAUUCUCAAGUGUAUGUACAGGAAGUCUUCUCCAUUCAGGGAAACAAUAUUCAGAAGAUCAGAAACAGCAGCAGGAACAACUCUUUGAUCAAACCUGCUCGAGCAACAAAGCAGAAAUUCAAGAGAGAGAAGACGAUUCCAAGCUUUUAUUUGGGAGAGUAACCAAAAGCAGCCCUUCAAAGUCGUUCUCCAGCGCCCUGGAAGAACAGCCAGUAGGGUCCAUGGAAGACAACACAGUGGUGGAUAUAGGGCCCAGUCCAGCCCAGAUGACAGACCUUGAGGAAACAGAGAAGAUAUUACAUGGUUUAGAAGUCUCAGCGUUUGGAGCAGUCAAAUAUGGAGAGUUUGGGCUAGGCUUUAUCAAGGAGUCAAACCAGCUCAGCCUUCAGAAGACACACACAGGGGAGACCCCUUACCUGUACACCGAGUGGGGACAAAGCUUUAGUGGUAUGUCAGUUCUCAUCAAAAACCAGAGGACACACUCUGGGGAAAAGCCUUAUGUGUGCAGGGAAUGUGGACGAGGCUUUACCUGGAAGUCAAACCUUAUCACGCACCAGAGGACACACUCAGGGGAGAAACCUUAUGUGUGCAAGGAGUGUGGACGAGGCUUUACUUGGAAAUCAAACCUCUUCACACAUCAGAGGACACACUCAGGGGUCAAGCCUUAUGUGUGCAAGGAAUGUGGGCAGAGCUUUAGCCUGAAGUCAAACCUCAUCACACACCAGAGGGCACACUCUGGGGAGAAGCCUUACAUUUGCAAGGAAUGUGGGCAUGGCUUUCGCCAGCAUUCACACCUCAUCAGACAUAAGAGGACACAUUCAGGAGAGAAGCCUUAUGUUUGCAGGGAGUGUGAGCAAGGCUUUGGCCAGAAGUCUCACCUCAUUAGACACUUAAGGACACACACAGGAGAGAAACCUUAUGUGUGCACAGAAUGUGGGCGUCACUUUAGCUGGAAAUCAAACCUCAAGACACACCAGAGGACACACUCAGGGGUUAAACCUUACAUGUGUCUGGAGUGUGGCCAGUGCUUUAGCUUGAAGUCAAACCUCAACAAACACCAGAGAUCACACACAGGGGAGAAGCCAUUUGUAUGCAGGGAGUGUGGGAGAGCCUUUACCCGAAAAUCAACCCUCAUCACACACCAGAGGACACACUCAGGGGAGAAGCCAUUCAUAUGCACGGAGUGUGGGCGAGGCUUUAAUGAUAAGUCAACCCUCAUCUCACACGAGAGGACACAUUCAGGGGAAAAGCCUUUCAUAUGCAGGGAGUGUGGUAGAAGGUUUAGCCAGAAGCCAAACCUGUUUAGACACAAGAGGGCACACUCAGGGCAUAUACCCUUUGUGUGCAGGGAGUGUGGACAGGGCUUUUGUGAUAGGUUAACUCUCAUUACACACCAGAGGGCACACUCAGGAGGGAAGCCUCAUGUGUGCAGGGAGUGUGGACAAGGCUUUAGCCGGCAGUCGCACCUUAUUAGACAUCAGAGGAUACAUUCAGGAGAGAAGCCUUAUACUUGCAGGAAGUGUGGGCGUGGCUUUAGUCGGAAAUCAAACCUCAUCAGACAUCAGAGGACACAUGCAACAUAGAAACCUUGUGUGUACGAGUAGUGAAACCUUUAGCCAGUAGUCACACUGCAUGAGACACCAGAAGUUGUACCCAGGGCUGUAGUAAUAAGUCAGUCAUUGCCAGACACCAAAGUAGAGACAUCUUAUGUGUGAUAGGAGUGUUCAUGAGACUAAUGGUAAGGGUCAAUGUCUCCAAUCCACCUGGAGGAGAAUUGCUGGCCCGUUUUCAGGGGCUCUGGCUUUCCCUAGUGGGGAUGGUUGUGGAAAGUCUCUCAGGUAACUUGAUGGAGAGAGUACUUCUUAAGUAGGUUGAAAUGAGAGAAUUGAUACUAUUCCAAUAUCAUCUCCCAAGUAUACUUGAACACUCCUUCCACAGUAACCUGGAUGUUACAAAAACAGCAAUUCUAGAGCACAUCUCUGUCUGACCUGAGAACAAGAGACAGAAACCAUGGCUAAUUUAAUCUUGGUUCCACAGAGCAUGACCCAGCAGAGUCAGCUUCAGGGAGAGUUUGGAAAAUGGUCAGUUCAUGAGGACAAAGAGAGUGCAUGGGUAGAAGGUUUUAUUACAUAAAGGGCUGACAGGUAAGAAAGAUCGUUAAAUAUUUUAGCUCUAAGUUUGGGGAGAACUGUCCAUUUUUGGAAAUAUCGUAACUUUGCUUGCUUCCUGGGGCUCUCUCUGGUUUCCAGGUUGAGUCCAUACUAAAUAUAUUUUUAUUGACUAGUGUAUUUAGACUAGAAAUGUAUCACCGAGUGCUAUGAAGAAAAUAUGCACAGAGAUACAGAAAUACAAAAUGAAAUUACUUUCUAUUCUUCUUUGAGUUACCAUACAACAUCCCAUUAGUAAUUAUUUGGUUUAAAUUUUUCCAGCCAUUGUAAAACAUAUUACUUUUUUGGUUGAGAAUACUCUUUUUGAAAAUGGCAGUGUCCCACAAAUUCACUUGGAGUCUUGUCCAAAGGCUCAGUUUUUUUUCAUGAAACUUGACUAAAUGAUUGUGAAUUUUAUUUGGAAGAUAAGUUUUCUAAGAAUAGGCAGGAAAAUAUAGGAAUUGUAUAAUAACUUUUUAUCUGUGUGCAGGUAUUUAGAAUAGAUCUGAGAACCAUAGAAAAACAAAGUAUAUGAGUAUUUAGAAAGUGGUGAAGUAGGAUUUAAAGUACAAUACUGAAUGCUUGGGUCAUUGGCUUUCAGUUUAGGGAAAAAAUAAACAUAGGUCCCAAAGUCUUGAUAUCCAAGUGAGCAGAACCUGGUGAAAAAUUAUGAAGUACUCUUUUAGAUGGAGCAGUUGGCAUGGCCUGCCCUUCUUAGCCCUCCCCAUGGUAAAUCCUGGCCUCAUACUCUUACAUUUUCUCAACAGAAAAAUAUCUUUUGAGUUUUAAUCUCUUUAAGUCUUAGAACUUGAUUACUCUUUUCCAUGAAGUCAUGUCCCAAAAAUAAGGAUUCCAAAAUUAAACAUGUACCUUUUACCGUUUUUUAACUUUUGAAAGGAGUAUUUCGGUUUUCAGUGUAAUCGGUUCAUAAAAAUAAAAGAUUUUGCCUUAAACUGUUUAAAACUCUUAACAGGAAAAAAUAGAUCCCUGCUGGUAUACUAAGACUUAAAUAGAUUCAAAGAGAUACAAACCCUGGGAAACAUCUCUAUGGAGCAACAACCAAACAAAAAGACCUGGAAAUGUUCUGAGAAAGGGGUAGAAAGGCCCAUCCUUUGGCCCUGCCCAGGCCCAUCUCUACUGAUUCUUAAAUGCACAUCAGGCCUUCUGCUUAGAACCUCUCAGAAGAGACAGAAUUAGGACAAAUAACCUGAGUUGUCUGCCUGGGCCUAGCAUUAAAAUCUGUGUGCAAAUUUGGAAAAUGAUUAGGAGGCAAACACCACGUGGUAUUCAGAUAUGUGCAUCCUCUCAUAUAUAUGUAUUUUUUCAGUCUGUGUCUGGACUAUCUAUCCAUUAGUGCCCCGUAUUUUAUAACCUGAGGUGACAGUUCUAGAUAUUUAAAACAGAAAAAGUUCCCCAGAGCAACCACUGCCCAUCCUACCAAUUCUAUGGUAAGUAGUAGACUUUACUGCAGAAAAUUUUGAAGAAAAGAUGAUAAACAGUAUGAAAGAAUGAAUAUUGCUUCAAGUCCGUAAGCUUGUUACGGUCACCAUUGAAAUGUUCCAUUUUAAAAGAGGUAGCAGUACAUUUUAAUGUAAUUGUUUCAUUUAAUUCUAUUUUAACUUAUUAUUAUGCAUCAGUGGUUCCCUAAUAUGUGGUCAGAGGGUGUUCAGGGGCCCUUUCGAGUGAUCUGCGUGGUCAAAACAAAUUUCAUUAUAACACUAAGACAUUACUUGCUUUUUUCUGUUGUGCUGAAACUUGCACUGAUGGUGCUAAAGCAAUCGUGGGUAAAAGUGUUGGGCUUAAAAGCUAAAGCAUGAAUCAAGGUAGUGUCACCAAACUGUACUAAUAGUAUUAUUGUAUUUUUUACCACCCCCUACUUGUGGUAAAAAAAUGCAAGUUCUGCUUAAUGUUCUUCAUAAUACAGUAAAAAUUAAUUUUGUUAGAUCUUGAUCUUUGAGUAUAACAUUUUAAAAUUAUACUUUUAAUUUUGAGAUAAAUGUAGAUUCACACACAGUUGCAAGAAAUUAUAUAGGGAGAUCCCAUAUACUCUACUCAGUUUACUCCAAUGGUAAUGUCUUACAAAAUGAUACUAUAAUAUCACAACCACGAUACUAAAAUUGAUAUAUACACAUCUGUUAAAAACUUUCGGUGAUGAAAGAGAAAUACACAUAAAGUCCUUCAUGCUGAAGUAUGAAGCUGUUUCAAGGAAAUGCAUUUCUGAUUGAUUUGUGAGCUGAACCAGCUACCUUCUUAUGGACAUCAAUCUUAUUUGAAAGAUUAGCUGACAAAUUUUCAAUAAGGUGACUCAGACGGAUAUUUGGUAGACAUUUUGUCAAAAAUGAAGUGAUUUUUAAAAACUGACGGUAAAGAAAACUGACAACAAUUUUUGUUAAUUUGACUUUCAAGCAAAAAAUUAGAAUAUUAAAAAGUUAUCUGCCACCAUGAACUUGACAGCUUCCCAAUACUUACUCCUUUGUGAUGAGAUUGGUGAUAUUAAUGAUUGGUGAUUUUAUAAUACCAUAUAAUGAAAUAUGUCGAUGGAAGAUCUGCUUAAUUCAUUGAACCAGUAUUUUCCAAACAAUUAGUACAUAAUGCUGCAAAAUCAUCUGUGGGUAUACCAAAGUAUAAGUUAGACAGAUGGAUUUUAAUUUAAGAGGUAAAGCCAGAUUCUACAUUGCAAGUACCAUUAAGAAAUUACUACUUGUUGAUUAUUGGUGUAGUAUCAAAGGAUAAUAUUGACAAUUACCUGAAAAAGCUAUUAAAACACUCCUCCAAGGCCAGAUUUUACUUAUGUCAACAGAUUAAGUGCAGGAGCACAUAUAAAAUACCAGCUAUAUUCUAUUAAACUGGACAUUAAAAAUAUUUGAAAAAAUAUAAAACAGUGCUACUCUUCCCACUAUUUUUUGUAAAUGGUGGAAAAUGUGCAAAACCCAAGUGAAAGUGAAACACUUUACUUUUCACCUUUAAGUGUGUUGUUUCUAGAUGUUUAUGGUCUAUAACCCACUGAAAAUACUACACACACACACACACACACACCCCCCAGAAAAAAAUUUACAUGUUAUAAUACCUAACAUACUAUUAACAUCUAUGCUUUAUAUAAUUUAAACUAGGCAUAGAAGAAACAAAUGCAAAGAAAAUGCUUAACACCUACUGACAGAUGUAAACCUACAAUUUGAAGUAUGCUGUUCUAUCUAGACAGAACACAGAAACUUGGGGCAUAUUCACUUCUAGAACUGAAUGAUAUAAUUAAUCUUCUCCAUGCUUGUGGCUGUGUCUCUUUCUGAUUAUUCUUGGCAAUUUUUUUUUCUAUUUAAAUCAAAGAAGCAGCUUUAUGCUUUUAAUCAUUUCUUCAGUGUGUCUUUUAUUUUAUAUGUUAUAAAUUUCUGUUAAUAUUUACUAAUCUCAAGCUAAUUUUUUUCUUAUUGUAUUGCUUUUUCAAGCUUAUUUAAUCAUAAUUUGCCUUCUUCCUUUUUUCUUGUUCUGAAAGUCAGUUCAUUUCUAAAUAGCGUAUAAUUUUCAUUUUUAUUUUCUCCUUUAGACGAAUUACUAAUUCAAAGGUUGCUAACAAGUGGCUAGAUGGACAUUCAUUUUUAAAAUAUCCUAGUAUUUAGCUUUUUAUUUUACAACAUUUUAAUCAAUAUAUUUUGUGAUUUUUUUUCCAUUUUAAUUCAUAAAGUUUAGUUUUGAAUGUGAUCAAUCUCUGUAUCUUAAAGCAAGUAUUUAAUGUGUGAGUCUGUAUACCUAUUUUAAUAAUAUGCCAAAAUUAACACAAAUGGUUGUAAAAUUUGAUAUUUUUCUAUAUAGUUAUUUUAUUCUCCUGUUUUGUAUUAAUGAUCUGUCUUUAUUUUUAUUUAUUUAUAUUUUAUGUUUAAUACAUGUAAAAUUAGGUCUGUGAUAUAAAUGUAAGUAUAAAUAUUAUUAAUAGAACAAAUGCCAUUGUGUUCACCCCAGCAGAAGAAAUAAGCCUUAAUUAUUUUUAAAAACUUAGUACUUUCAUUUUUGUAAGUGAUAUAAUAAAUUUAUGACCAUGUUAGGAAACAUAUCUUCAUGUAUUUCAGUCAAAUUUUGCUUAAUACAUUUCAAAGCUGUUUUAUUUAGACCUGUAGAAAUUAAUAGCAUUUCUUCUUGAUAAAUUUUUUCCUUUUAAAACCAUGGAGCAACCUCAAGUCCCAUUCAGUGCUUCUAAUUAGUCUGCUCUUGAUAUUGUUGCACUUAUCUCUUUUGGUAGUAUUUACUUUUCACAAUUCUUUGUUUUCAUCUUGAUGUUCAUAUUUUGUGAAUAGAGUGUCCUUUUCAACAUAGUUAUAUAUGUGUAUGUGUGUGUGUAUAUAUAUAUAACUGAACCACUUUGCUGUAUACCAGAAACUAACACAACAUUGUAAACCAACUGUACUUCAAAAAAAAAAAAAUCAGUUGUAUUUUCAUACACCACCAAUGAACCAUCAGAAAAGGUAAUUGAGAAAACCAUCCCAUUUACAACAGUAUCAAAAAGAAUAAAAUACCUAAGAAUAA